CCACGCCCAGCCACCCUCCAGCAUGAUCGAUCUCAAGACACUCCUCGUUCUCCUCUGUUUAGGAGUGGCUAUCGCCGAGGAAGGCAAAGAGGAGUCCGUUCGCGAGAAGCGUGGGUAUGGCGGCGGUGGGUACGGUGGUAGUGGAUACCAGAGUGGCGGCAGUGGGUACCUGGUGGUAGGUGCUGGUGGUGGCGCGGGACAUGGAGCUUUCGCCUCUGAGGUUGCUAACCAAGCUGCUAAUCAGGCUACAGCUGCAGCCGCAGGUCAAGCUGGGGCCGCAAUUGCUGCAUACGGUAACGCAGCUAGUCAAGCAGCCUCUGCUUCGUCAGCCGCAUCUCAGACAGCUCACGCUGCUGCAGCCAGCAAGCUCAACCAAGCGGCACAGGUCACACAGGCUGCACAGGGAGCUCAGGCUGCAGCCUUCUCAGAAGCCGCCAAGCUGCGGCAGACCCAAGCUGCCGAGCAAGAGGCCAAGAACACAUAUAAUGCGGCAGUGGCGACAGCCAAUGACAUCGAUGCGGCCCAUGCCGAGGCUCAGGCUGUAGUCACCCAGACCUUCCAGGCUCUGCAGCACGCCAGAGCUGUCCGCACCUCUCAGGCAGCCAUGGCCUGGGAGGCUCAGCAGGCCUCCAACUCUCUCAACCAGCAACAGAACUUGUCAGUAAACGACCUGCAGGGGGCACAGGCAGCUGCUGCACAGGCUACAGCUGCAUCUUCCAAGGCUCUCCACAGGGCUAAAAAUAGUGGCGGAUACAGCGGCGGAGGCUACGGUCAUUAAGUCAUUAACUUGUAUCUGUACAGAUAAAUGCAGCAAAACCUCUCAAGCCCAGACAGUGUCCAGAUGAACGUUGUUCUCUUAUGAUUUAUAAACUGAUGACAGUUCUUUAUUUCCUGCCACUAAGAUAUAGGGAAACACAUCCAAGCUGCCACUAUAACGACAAUCUUCAUGAUGAUAAAUAUGGAAACAAUGACGAGCGACAAUUUUCUUUACCUGAGAACAAUCUAACACUAAAUAUCUAGCCAGUAAGCCACACACACAGUAUGAGACUAAAUAACAUACAAGUUUAGAGGUUCCCUGUAUUGUACAUACCAAGCGUCAAUCACUUUACACCACUUAACUAAUUUCCUUGAUCAAUAAAUAUCCAAAUGAGAA